AUGGGCCUUUUUAGUUCUUCAAACGACCAACCACCACCGCCGCUUCAACGACCUUCGCAGUCCUUGAUUGGUAUCAACCCAACAUACGCCAACCACGACCAGCAAAUUGUCCUCAAACUCCAGGAGAGGAAGCUCUCAUUUACUGGAGAUGAUUUUCAUAUCAAAGAUGCAGCGGGGCGUGACUUUUUGAUUUGCAAGGCCAAAGUGCUUUCACUUCAUGCACGCAAAGAGUUUUAUGAUGUCAAUGGAACGAUGCUCUUCGUCAUCAAGAAAAAAAUCUUUUCCAUCCACACUACUUUUGAGGGCUAUACACCUGAUGAACAGACGUUACUGUUUACUGUGAAGAGUAGCUUCAGCAUUGGGUCAGCCAAGUUGAACACCACCUUCAGAGACGUAGACGGCAAGGAGCGCCAACUGGUUUUGCGAGGAGAUUUUUUCGACCGAAAGGCAUCGAUCAACCUCGAUACCCCAGAUGGCCCACCAGUGGGACAUAUUUCCCGAAGCUUCUUCAACGGGCGUGAAAUUCUGUUUGACCAGCAGUCGUACUGUCUUACCGUUGCUCCUGGAGUCGAUGCGUCGCUCUUGGCAGCGAUUUGUGUCUGCCUGGACGAGAAGGAGAACGAAAAUAAAUAA